AUGGCGGAAUCACACGUUAAUGCCACUGAUCCAUCUGAUGCAAGCAGCAAUGAUCGCCAUUGCAAAGUGUGCAACCUGCCUGACGAGCUGGACAAGAUGGUCCAGUGUGAUGGGUGCAAUGCCUGGGAUCAUUUCUUUUGUGCUGGCGUGACUGAUAGCAUCGCUAAUGAAAGUCGAAGCUACUAUUGUCAAAAUUGCGUUCCAAGAGCUCCUCGUUCUUUGUCCACCUCGAGAUCAACCACCGCUAGUACCCGUGAGGCACGAAUUCAACUCGAAUUGGAGCGCCUAGCUGAGGAGAAGGAGUUAAAAGCUCAGGUUAUGACAGAAAGAGAGUCUCAGGAAAAAGAAAUGCAAGAGAAGGCCCUAAAGUUGGAAAGAGAGAGGAAAAAUAAGGCAAUUGCUGACAGGCUAUCGUUGGAGGCAGAAUUCAUCAAAAAGAAAUAUGAACUGCUCCAGUUACAAUUGGACGAAGACAGUGAAAGUUCAAGUGUGCGCAGUCGGCGUAGUGCAGUACUAAACACCGGCAAAGUUCAAGAUUGGGUUAACAGUAGAACCGAUGUGACCCUGGGCACCAAUACUGGUAUUAGUCAAUCCACUGGGCCCACGUCACAAGCUGUAGAACCCGCGGCACUAGUACCGACUUCCGAAAGCUCGAAUAACCUAUGCGGCGAUCAUCUGGUUUCUCCUUUAGUGGCAUCGAUCCCAGCCCAAUCGACUCCACAUUCCAACAAGGUUAAUGAAGAAGUUACACAACAUCAGUCGGUGGUGACAGCUCUCACCGCGAUCAAGGAUACAGUUGCUGUUCAGCCGACGACACAAAGCACAAUCGGACGUGGUGCCUCCCAGCAGUUAAUUGCAGAGACCGCUACAACGUCACCGGCAACGGCGCUGUCUACAGCAGCAAACAAUCAGUUUAGUGGUGGUUUAAAAUUACACAAUGAUAUUGUACACGAAAAUUACACGAGUAUAGGGCCUGUAGGUUAUCAAAACGUAGCUGCAGAUUAUAGGGCGAAUUAUGUGUUUAACAAUACUGGGUUACGCUAUAAUACACAACCGAUUUGGCCUGCUCAGUCAUGUUAUGCUGGUACUGGUUCAGUUCCUCCGAUGGGUUGGAACUGUAAUUCUGUUACGGUUUCAAACACUCCGUUGACUGCAGUUGCAGUAUCCGCCCUUCCCCCUUCGUCGUUACCCUCGAUAAACGCAUGGUCGAACAAUACGUCUCUGAAUCGCCCGUUUGUUAAAAGUGUUCCGAGCUACCAAACUCCCAUAUUUUCGGUUCCCCAAGCUACCAACCCAGCCACGCGAUCGCCUACAGGACCGACCGCUCAGCAAAUAGCAGCUCGACAAGUCGUCUCGAAGGACCUUCCCUCGUUUUCUGGCGACCCAGCCGAAUGGGCACUCUUUUGGAAUAGUUACAUAGGUUCAACUGAAAUGUGUGGGUUCACAGAUGCUGAAAACCUCGUACGAUUGCAGCGAUGCAUCAAAGGAGAGGCUAGGAAAGCUGUCAGCUGUUUUCUACUUCAUCCGUCACAUGUGCCUGAGGUGAUUAAUACUUUGCAGACACUGUUCGGUCGCCCGGAUGCCAUAAUAAAUUCGUUACUUAACGAAGUUCGAGCCACUCCAGCUCCCAAACCGGAAAAAUUAGCAACGCUAAUAAAUUUCGGACUUGUUGUAAGGAACCUUUGUGCCCAUCUGGUAAACACUGGCCAAGAAGCGCAUUUGGCAAACCCCACUUUACUACAAGAAUUGGUCGAUAAAUUGCCAGCCAACAUAAAGCUCGACUGGGCAUUGACUAAGCAGCGGUAUCCAGUUGUAGACCUCCGUAUCUUUGCGGAAUAUAUGAGCGUGAUUGUUUCGGCCGCCAGCAGCGUUACGUCCGUAGUGGAGCCGUGUGCACAACGCACAGAGCGACAUAAUGGAAAAGCCUUUGUCAAUCCCCAUACGUUGGAAAACGUCACCGAUCGGGAAUAUACAAAUGUCGAUGAAUCAAAAAGGCAAACGGCUAGAAGCGAGCGCCCAUGUAUGGUAUGCCAGGAUGUUGGUCAUAAGCCAAAAGACUGUACCGUGUUUCAUCAAAGUUGCCUAGCUGAUCGGUGGAAGAUCGUAACAGACUUACAUCUCUGUAGACGGUGCUUGUUCCCUCACGGAAGGUGGCCUUGCAAAGCUCCCCUUUGUGGCGUAAAUGGAUGUCAGCAACGCCACCAUCGUUUGCUUCAUUCUACCGAGCAAGCAGAAAAUGUGUAUUCCAGGGCGGGAACAGUCGCCGUCCAUCAUAAUGCGCCUCUACAGACACUCUUCCGUAUGAUUCCGGUAACAUUACAUGGAAAUGGAAAAUCUGUCGCAACUCUAGCCUUUCUGGACAGCGGAUCAGAUUCUACUUUAGUAGAAAAGUCGAUUGCCGACAAAUUGGGACUAGCCGGUCCUGCAGACCCCCUCUGCAUGCAGUGGACGAAUGGAGUGAAGCGAACCGAAGUGAACUCUCGUCGUGUGCAACUUUUUAUAUCCGGAAACGAAUCAGGCCAACGGUACGCUUUGAAUGGUGUUCGUACGAUAAACAGCUUGGGUUUACCUCGUCAAUCAAUCAAGUUCGAAGACUUUGAACGCGUUUUUCCUCACCUGCAGGGAUUGCCGAUAAAAAGUUAUAGCGAAGCAUCUCCUGGAAUUUUGAUUGGCCUGGAUAAUACCAGAAUGAAGACUACACUUGAGCUACGAGAAGGCAGGAAGAAUGAACCGGUAGCGACGAAAACGCGGUUAGGGUGGGUAUUAUUCGGGAACGCCAACAAAUUAGAUAACCCUGUACCUUCACACAUUUUUCAUAUAUGCGCACACACGUACGAUCAGCAGUUACAUGAACUGGUAAAGCAAUUUUUUGCUGUAGAAGGUGCCGGGGUUUCGCACGACAAUGCAAUAGAAUCGGCAAAUGACAAACGUGCCAGGGCUAUACUUAAAGCCACCACAACCCGAACCUCAAGCGGAAGAUUUCAAACUGGCCUUCUGUGGAAAUUUGACCAAGUGGUACUCCCGAAUAGUAAAAUUAUGGCGGAACGACGGUUAUAUUGCUUGGAAAAGCGAUUGGCGAAAUUUCCAGAGCUUUAUGCCAACGUGAGGAAACAAAUUUCAGACUACCAGUCCAAAGGGUACGCGCAUGUUGCCUCGGAUGGGGAGCUAGCCAAUGUCGGACAAAACCCUGUAUGGUAUCUUCCCCUUGGAGUGGUGAUUAAUCCGAGAAAACCGGAAAAGGUACGUGUAGUCUGGGAUGCGGCUGCCAUGGUACGCGGAGUUUCCCUGAAUUCAGUCCUUCUGAAAGGACCCGACUUAUUAACAUCGCUUCCAGCAGUUUUGAGUCGGUAUCGACAAAGACAAAUCGCUAUAAGCGGGGACAUCAGAGAGAUGUUUCACCAGGUAUUGAUUCGACCAGAAGACCGCCAAGCUCAACGCUUUUUGUGGAGGGAUAACCCAUCACUUCCCAUCAAAGUUUUCGUGAUGGAUGUGGCCACAUUUGGAUCUUCAUGCUCACCUUGUUCCCUCCAAUAUAUCAAGAAUCUAAAUGCCAACGAACACGCCCAAACUCAUCCUGUAGCGGCAGCCGCGGUGGUAGCGAACCAUUACGUCGACGACUAUCUCGACAGCACAGACACGGUUGAUGAAGCAAUACAACUAGUCUCAGAUGUAAAAACUGUCCAUGCUAAUGGUGGAUUUGAAAUUAGACACUGGCUGUCCAGUUCUCCAGAAGUCCUCGAGCGAGUGGGGGGAGAGAAUUCAGAUAAAAUGAAAUCCUUCGUACUAGAUAAAACCAACGCUAUUGAACGGGUUUUAGGCAUGGUCUGGCUGCCUCAAGAAGACGUAUUUUCCUUUUCUAUCGAGCUGCGAGAUGGACUAGCACAACUAUUACUAGGUGAGAGAAUCCCUACGAAAAGAGAAGUCCUGAGCCUCGUCAUGAGCGUGUUCGAUCCGUUGGGGCUAGUGGCAGUUUUCCUAAUCCACGGCAAAGUAAUGCUGCAGGAUAUAUGGAGGGCUGGAACCGAUUGGGACGAUCGUAUAUCAGCGCAAUUACUACCACGAUGGAAACAAUGGAUUUUGCUGUUACAGGAUCUGCGAAACAUCAAAGUGCAAAGGUGUUAUUUUCCGGGAUACCGCCCCAGUACGUAUGAUACGUUAGAACUUCACGUGUUCGUAGACGCCAGUGAGACAUCAUAUGCUGCAGCAGCUUAUUUUCGCGUGAUUGAUGGUGAUGAAGUUCGGUGUACCCUGGUACAAGCAAAAACUAAAGUCGCACCACUAAAACCGCUGUCUAUUCCGCGCUUGGAAUUACAAGCUGCGGUUAUUGGCACUAGGUUGAUGAAAUCUAUCGUGUCGAGCCAUACGCUACAGAUCAAACGUAAAGUAAUGUGGAGUGACUCGAACACUGUCUUGGCUUGGUUGGCGGCAGAUCCCCGAAAAAGGACGCAGUUUGUGGCCUUCCGAAUCGGAGAAAUUCUAGAAAAUACAGAACUCGGUGAAUGGAAAUGGGUGCAGUCGAAAUGGAAUGUAGCGGAUGAGGCCACCAAAUGGGGCAAAGGACCUUGUCUGAACAUUGAUAGUCGGUGGUUUAGGGGCCCAGAAUUCCUGUACAAAGGUGAAGAAUGCUGGCCUAGAAAUAAAAUGAACGUUCCAGACACUACUGAGGAGCUACGACCAAUUUACGUUCAUCCGCAUGUUGUUGUGAAACCAGUUGUGGAAUUUUCACGCUUUUCAAAGUGGGAGCGGUUAUUGCGCGCCGUCGCUUACGCGCGCCGUUUUAUUCAACGAUGCCGAUACCCUAGUGAUUCACCAAACACAGUAUCACUGCUAAUAAACCGGGAAGAACUCGUUGGCGCAGAAAAUGCUAUUUGGAGGCUAGUUCAAGCAGAAAGUUUCUCCGAUGAAUGGGUAACCCUCCAAACAAAUCUAAACCUUUCUGUUAAUCAGCAGACACAAAUAUGGAAAGGAAGUAAACUAUAUAAACUUUCUCCUUUGUUUGGCACGGACGGUGUUAUAAGGAUGAAACGACGCCUGGGAGAAGCACCUUGGAUUUCAAUUGACGUAAAAUUCCCCGUCAUACUACCUAAAGAGCAUUACGUUACAGACUUAUUAAUCGAUUGGUUUCACAGAAAAUUUGUUCAUGCUAAUAGUGAAACGGUUGUAAACGAAAUCAGACAGACAUAUCACAUACCAGCACUAAGAGUGCGAGUGCGAAAUGUUGGCAGGCGCUGCGCAUGGUGCAAAGUAUAUCGAGCAGCACCGGAAAUUCCGAGAAUGGGCUCACUCCCAGCGCCUCGGAUAACUCCCUACGUUAGACCAUUUACAUUUGUGGGGUUAGACUAUUUCGGUCCCAUUAUUGUGCGACUUGGUCGCAAUGAUGUAAAACGGUGGGUGGCAUUGUUCACGUGCCUCACUGUGAGAGCCCUUCAUUUAGAGAUUGUUAGUAGCCUCUCAACCGAGUCCUGUAAAAUGGCAAUUAGAAGGUUUAUCGGGCGUAGAGGUGCACCGCAAGAGAUCUACUCGGACCAAGGAACCAAUUUUCAAGGAUGCAGCCGCGAACUGUCUAUAGAGCUAAAUGCGAUGAAUGAACAACUGGCGCAAACAUUCACAAAUACUACCACCCAGUGGAAGUUCAACCCCCCCUACGCUCCUCACAUGGGUGGCGCUUGGGAAAGGCUCGUCCGAUCGGUGAAAGCAGCCCUUAGUACUCUUUUGAUGCACAAAAAACCUAAUGACGAAACCUUAUCAACUGUACUUAUAGAAGCCGAGUCCAUCGUUAACUCACGCCCUUUGACUUACGUACCAUUAGAUGAUGCUGAGCAAGAAGCGAUUACACCAAAUCACUUUCUGCUACUAAGUACGAAAGGAGUGAAUCAACCAACCACGUUGCCGACCGAUGUGCGCUUCGCGUUGCGUUCAAACUGGAAAUUGGCCCAAGUGAUGCUGGACAAUUUUUGGAGGCGCUGGAUUCGGGAAUAUCUACCUAUUAUCGCAAGGCAAACGAAAUGGUUUAAUGCAAGAAAAUCACUGCAGGUCGGUGAUCUCGUCAUCCUAGUCGAUGAGGGUGUACGCAACAGUUGGACUAGAGGCAAAAUCUUGGAAGUAUAUCCUGGAAAAGACGGCCAUGUCCGUCGAGCCAAAGUGCAAACGAAAUCGGGAAUUUUUGAAAGACCAGCUACCAAGCUAGCGUUAGUAGACAUACGUGAAAUGAAUGGUACAGCAGAAGAAACUUCGAGCCAUACGGGUGGGGGCAUGUUGGCGUAA